CCUGUUACUCAGCGGAGCGGCCGAGGCCGGACGACGCGGUCCAAGAAGCCGAGGCGUGGGCAGCGCUGGGUAACGGCUGCGGCGACCGCCCGGACAGCGCCGGUCCCUCCGCCGGGCCCCCCUGUCGCCGUUCGCUGUGCUGCCGCUUCUUGGUGAAUUUUUGGAUGAAGCCAUUAAAUUAAUUGCUUGCCAUCAUGAGCAGAAGUAAGCGUGACAGCAAUUUUUAUAGUGUAGAGAUUGGAGAUUCUACAUUCACAGUCCUGAAACGAUAUCAGAAUUUAAAACCUAUAGGCUCAGGAGCUCAAGGAAUAGUAUGUGCAGCUUAUGAUGCCAUUCUUGAAAGAAAUGUUGCAAUCAAGAAGCUAAGCCGGCCAUUUCAGAAUCAAACCCAUGCUAAGCGAGCUUACAGAGAGCUGGUUCUUAUGAAAUGUGUUAAUCACAAAAAUAUAAUUGGCCUUUUGAAUGUUUUCACACCACAGAAAUCACUAGAAGAAUUUCAAGAUGUUUACAUAGUCAUGGAGCUCAUGGAUGCAAAUCUUUGCCAAGUGAUUCAGAUGGAACUAGAUCAUGAAAGAAUGUCCUACCUUCUCUAUCAGAUGCUGUGUGGAAUCAAGCACCUUCACUCUGCUGGAAUUAUUCAUCGGGACUUAAAGCCCAGUAAUAUAGUAGUAAAAUCAGACUGCACUUUGAAGAUUCUUGACUUUGGACUGGCCAGGACUGCAGGAACUAGUUUCAUGAUGACACCCUACGUAGUGACGCGCUACUACAGAGCACCUGAAGUCAUCCUAGGGAUGGGCUACAAAGAAAACGUGGAUUUAUGGUCUGUGGGGUGCAUUAUGGGAGAAAUGGUUUGCCACAAAAUCCUCUUUCCAGGAAGGGACUAUAUUGAUCAGUGGAAUAAAGUUAUUGAACAGCUUGGAACACCAUGUCCUGAAUUCAUGAAGAAACUACAACCAACAGUAAGGACUUACGUUGAAAACAGACCUAAAUAUGCUGGAUAUAGCUUUGAGAAACUCUUCCCCGAUGUGCUUUUCCCUGCUGACUCAGAACACAACAAACUUAAAGCCAGUCAGGCGAGGGAUUUAUUAUCCAAAAUGCUGGUGAUUGACGCAUCCAAAAGGAUCUCUGUGGACGAAGCUCUCCAGCACCCAUAUAUCAACGUCUGGUAUGACCCUUCCGAGGCGGAGGCUCCACCACCAAAGAUACCUGACAAGCAGUUAGAUGAACGGGAACAUACAAUAGAAGAGUGGAAAGAAUUGAUAUACAAGGAAGUUAUGGACUUGGAAGAGAGAACCAAGAAUGGAGUUAUACGGGGGCAGCCCUCUCCUUUAGGUGCAGCAGUGAUCAAUGGCUCUCAGCAUCCAUCGUCAUCGCCGUCUGUCAACGACGUAUCUUCAAUGUCAACAGAUCCAACUUUGGCCUCGGAUACCGACAGCAGCCUAGAAGCAUCAGCUGGACCUCUGGGCUGCUGUAGAUGACUACUUGGGCCUGGGGGGUGGGAGGGGAGGGAUGGGGACUCGCUUAGUCAUUGAUAGAACUACUUUGAGAACUAAGUCAGUGGUCUUAUUUUGAGUGAUUUUUCAAAAAUGUAGAAUUCAUUUUGUAGUAAAGUAGUUUAUUUUUUUUAAUUUCAAGUGAUGUAAUUUAAAACUUAAGUUGUUUUAAAACAGCAACAAAACUGUAUUGUAUUUUUGCUGUAAUUAACUGUAUAAUGUAAACCUAAUUAUUUUAUCAUGGUUUAAAUUUUUGCAUAUUUGCUUUAUCUUAUGCUGCUGAUUUUUUUACUGAAUUUGUAAGAUUUUGUUUAUCAAAGCAACUAUUAUGUGGUGACUUGCCUAUAUCAUGAAUUAUUUAAGAUUUUUAUAGUUUUUUUUUAAUUAGAAAUUAUUUCAAAUGUUUUGUUCAUGAUGCUAUCCUUCAGGGUUAUGUGCUUAUCAAUGAAAUAACCACAGAGGAGUGAGGGAAAGUAACCUGUAGCCAGUUAUAUUCAGGAAUAACUACUGUAAAUGAUGAACGUGUUAAAAAAAAAAAAAAAAAAAAAACCUCCAAUAUUGCUACUUGCCAA